UCCCCACUAUUCUUGUUCUCUCUUCUCAUUCUCUGUAAUUUUCUUUUUUUUUUUUUCAAUGAAGGAAGGUGAACAAAUGGCGAUUCCCCACUUGUUUAGGUGUCCCAUAAGUCUAGACUUGUUUCAAGAUCCAGUUACACUUUCCACAGGCCAAACUUAUGACAGAUCCAGCAUUGAAAAAUGGCUGGCUGCAGGUAACCUUACUUGUCCUGUAACAAUGCAAAAGCUUGAUGAUCCUUCCUUUGUUCCCAAUCACACUCUUCGCCAUUUGAUUAAUCAGUGGCUUCAAAUGGAUAGUGGUACUGGUGGUAGUCACCAUAACUUUGAUCUUGAUAAUUACUUGACAAAAUUUGAUUCUUUAGCUGUGCUAAAACUCAAUCUUGAAUCCCCUGAAACUUCCAUGGAAACCAAGCUUCAAACUCUGGAAAACAUUCUUCUUCUUCUUUCCCAGGAACCCUCUAGUGUUUCUUGUUUGCUCCAGCUUAGAUUCUUGCCGCUACUUCUGCACCAAGUUUUCGGAAAAGCUGCAGAAUUUGAUAAAUUCUCUCAGGAAUAUGUAAAUUUUAUACAGGAUGGACUUUCUUGUGUUUCCAGGUUGCUGCUUCCAGAACAAAUGGAGUGUUUAAAUAUGUUGCUUGAAGAGUCCAAAUUAAAGAAUUUCAUCUCUUUGUUUGAGCAGGGAAAUUGCAUAAUCAAGAAAAGCUUGUGUCAUUUAAUUGAUUUAAUUUCUUCAUCUGCGGAAACAAAAGAUCUUUGUUCGCAGCUUGGAAAAAAUUCCAGGAUUCUAGAUGUUAUUGUGUUGAUUAUUCUCCAGGAUUCUGAAGCAUCCGACCCUGGAAUUAUGGCCUUAUCAGGAUUUUGCUCCCUGGAAUCGAACCGCGAAAGCAUAGUUCGAUCAGGAGCCAUAAAUGGGCUGAUAACAUACAUUCUGAACGCGGAGAGAAGAGAAAAGAGCUUGGCGGCAGUCGCAAUGUCAAGAAUCGAAGAACUUUUAGUGCUGGAGAUUGCGAAAGAGGCAGUUGUAAAGCUUCCAAAUGGUGUUCAGGCUCUGGUGAAGAUGGUUUUCAGAGUGUCGGACCAUGAAGGGAGUGAAAGCGCCGUGAAUUCGUUGAUGAUUUUGUGUUGUGAUUCGUUAGAGGUUAGAGAAGAAGCCAUUGGAGGUGGGGUUUUGAGUCAACUGUUGCUGCUUUUACAGAGCCAGUGUGGUAAUAGGACAAAGAGCAUGGCGAAUACGUUGCUGAAAAUGCUGAGAUCAAAAUGGGGAGAAGAGUCCUAGGCAUGCGUAGUUGCAGGGGCUAAAAUUUGUAGAGUAUUGCUAUGUACCUCGCCGGGUGAGUACUCAAUUGGUUGUUAAAGUGAUUUGAGUGUUGUAAUGGCAGGGGCUAAAAUUUGUAGAGUAUUGCUAUGUACCUCCCGCUGUGAGUACUCAAUUGGUUAUUAAAAUGAUUUGAGUGUUGUAA